CGCUGUCCUCGCUCACUGCGCCCCGCUCGAGCGACAGCCAGAUCCAGCAGCCCAUUGCUGAAGAGCGUGUCGCACCGAUAACCAAGGAGGUCCGUAACUAGGUCAAGGAGGCGGUCGGGCUAGGUGUUGACGCAUGAAAGGGCGACAAGAAGACAUGAAGCGCGUCCUCAUGCUUCUACACUCUUGAUGGUACUGCAACUCCCUGGAACCGCUCCCCAAGUUCAAAAGAGACCGUCGCCGAAUCUUCACAAUAAUCAGCCAACGUCGAGCAAUACCUCUUCGGCGCUUAGGCCUAUCUCAAUCGGGAGCGGCGGUGCACGUUGCACAAGACUGAUUGUGGUCUGCCAAAUCCAGCUCAGUUUGGAGUGUCCACCUUCUGCUCCUUUACACAGCGGGCGCAGAAAUGACGCACGGUUCAGGCGCACGGCUCCCUCAAGCACUUUCGAUGUGUGCAACACAUUCGAUGCGAGCGUUGCUCGCAACACGAUGCAGAGAAUUCUCGACCUACACACUACACAUACCGGUUCAACAGCGGCUUUACGCUCGGGAGGUGGAGGGAGUUGUGAAGGACCGAGGCAUGUCCAUUCCCGCGGUGCAGAGGCAGAGCCGGACCAAGUGUGUUUGCUUCUGUCCUUGAGGGCAAUCAUCCGCAUUCGAGGUGUCGGAGAGCAUGUACCGCUUAUCUGCGUGCGAUUCCAUUGGCGUUCAACUACAUCAUCUUGUCGUCAGUGAUCCAGCUUUGUUAGACAGUGCGCAUUCCAUCUUCUCUCUUUUGGCCAGCUAACAGCUUUCCUUCGUUUCGGCUGGGUCUUCUCGGAAUUCUGGCCGCCCCAACGCAUCCUGAAGCAGAAAGCAAUCAGAACACAGAGAAGGAGCCCACGAUUUUCUGUA